CGCCCCGAGCCUCUGGGGGCCGCCGUCUGCCCCACCCCGCUGCUGCCAAUCGGGGCCUCGAGCGAGACGCCGGAGCCGUUCCCGGACGGGCACCCCCGGCGCUCCGCGGUCGUGUCUGGACUGAGUGCCGCGACGCGGCUGCCGGCCCCGAAAUCCUCCAGGAUCUUCAGGCGUAUGGAACCUCAAGAUCUUUAUGAUAAUGGAAACCAAAAAGUUGAUUGGUAAACCACUUCAACCAGCAAGACCUGUUCGUCAUCUGAGUUCUCCCCCUGGAGCAGGAUUCCCUUUCAACUUUCAGAAUGAAUAUCCAUGCAACACCCAGUACUUACAAAGUGGAGUUAGCAGAUGUAAGACGAACGGAAUGCAAGCCUUUUCUCAAGGUCUUAAUGAACAACAACAUCAUUCUCCAGUUAAAAAAGAGAGAAUCAAAUACAGCAGAGAUUUCCUGUUGAAGCUCUCAAGUGUUUCCAUCUGCAGAAAAAAACCAGAUUUUCUGCCUGAUCAUCCUAUUAUCCUUCAGAAACCAGAAAACAACCAAAGCUUUAAGUAGCAUUUUAAGAACAUAUGUAUUUGAAGAUAAAGAAUUAUUCAUUUUCUAUUUUGGACACCUGCAAAUGAAGUGGAUCUAGUAACAAUAACUGUAAUGGACUGUGCCAAUUCAAUUUAUUUUUAAUUUUGAUGGUUGGGUAUUUGGUUUCUCCUAAAAUGAGAAAGAGAUUUUAAACCUUAAAAAUUUUCUAAUCAGUUUCAGCUUUGUAGGCAGUUUUCUGCAUAAAUUGGGAAUUAACACUGGAAAGUAAGAAUUUGGUGAGUGAAAUGGGAAGACUGUGUAUUUAUAAUUUGAAUGCUACUUGCAAUUUUUUGUUUUUCACCACUUGUAAUAAUGGAAUGGAAAUGUAAGCUGUAAAGAUUCACAAAUAUAAAGUAUUUGCUAUGAUGUA